GUUAUCAUAAUAUAGACAAUACGGUAAACUAUUUUCCUAAAAGCAUGCGUUCUAUGAGAAUGUUUACUCUACACGCGAAUGUUUAGAUUAACCAAGUGUUAUGAUAAUGGCGGGGUUAGCCGCCGUAAUCAUUUUAGUACGAUCUUUACUAUAAUCAGGACGACUGGCACACGUACAUAGGUACACUUAAGAUCAAUGGAAGCGGGUCACGCGUAUUCAUUCUUCUAGAGUGUUUCCUGUUUGUCUGUGUAAAAAAAUAGUAACAAGUAUGGAGGUGUAAAGGUGGUAGUGAAGUUUUAACCACCGACCUUAACAACUUGCUGGCAGUAUUUUAGGCAAAUUAAAAGUCCAUCUGCGUCUUCAAAAUGUUGUCUGCGAGUUGUUGACGAUAACGCUGCUGGUUAUAACGCUUAUAAGUCUUAUGACAGUCGAAUAUUGAUUUAAAAGGUGAUUUCUGUGCGAGAGUGUCCUGUGAUUGUGUAGAUAGAGUAUCUCUGAAGUCACAACAUUGCAAAAGUUUUUAAUACGCAUGAUUUUGCUGGAAUUGUGUUAAGGUUUGCAAUGACUAUACAGUACAACCGACAUCUGAGGCCCUGAUGCGCUUGUUGGUGCUCUGUAGCGCGCUGUGCCAUGCGCUGGCUUUGCGAGCCCCGCAGCUCCGGCCGCCGCACCGCGACGUGGUGACCAGCUCGGGCACGGUGCGCGGGUACCUGGCGCGUCACCCGCCACACUACGCCUUCCUCGGCCUGCCCUACGCGCGCCCGCUUCCUGCCCACGCCAGGUUUAAGGCUGCAGAGGCCCCCGUGCGAUGGGACGGCGUGUUCGAAGCGACGUACCGUGUGCGCUGCGCUCAGCUCGGCCAGCGCGUCGAUGCGGCGUGCCUGGUGCUUAACGUGUUCGCGCCUGAGCACGCCACGUCGCGCCCCGUGUUGGUGCACCUGCACGCUGGACACUUCGCCACCGGAUGGGGAUCUCACAGAGGACCUUCGCGUCUCCUGAAUCUGGGCUAUGUAGUGGUGACGCUGAACUACCGGCUCGGUGCCGAGGGGUUCCUCUGCUUGGGCACGAGCGCGGCGCCCGGGAACGCGGGGUUGAAGGACCAGGUGGCUGCGUUGUCCUGGGUCCAUGAGAAUAUUGACAAGUUCGGCGGCGACUUUUCGCAGGUGACCUUGUACGGGACGGGCACGGGCGCCGCCGCUGCCGAGCUGCUGCUCCUGUCGGGCGCCAUCGACGGCUAUAUACAGCGAGUGAUCCUGGAGUCGGGCUCGGCCCUCGCGCCGACUUCGCUCGCCGCCGAUCCCGUCGCCGCGGCGCUGGACGUAGCUACAAAAUUAGGCUACGAGGACAAUGGCAAUAACACAAUAGACGACCUCGCUGUGUUCUACCAAAACAUCGCGGUUGCGAAAACACUGAAUCAUUCUAACAGAUUUGCACCCUGUGUUGAAAGCCUUGCAGAGUACUAUUCAGCUUUAUUGAUUAAAGACCCUAAAGAAAUUCUCCAAAGAGCCAUAUUCAAGCCUGUCCCUCUUUUAAUAGCGUAUUCAAAAGAGAGGUUUUAUGACGGUGACGACAUGUUCCAUAAUGUACCGAAUAGUUUCGAAGAUCUUCUGCCAAAUAAUUUGGAGUUCGAAAGUGACGAGAUGAAAUUUAAAAUUGGUGAGCAGGUGAAAGAGACUUACUUUCAUGAACUGGAGACGGGUGUGGGUAUAGUUGAAAAUUUUGAAAAUUAUAUAAAUGAUGUGUUCACGGUGUAUCCGAUUGUGAAGUCUGCCAUCCUUCACGUGGCUGCAAGCGGCUCCCCGGUGUACCUGAUGGAGUUUGUACCCCGUGGUGAUAGCAUAUUUGAAUAUGUUUUUAGUAAAGAGGACUUUGAUGAAGAAGAGGAAUUAAUUGCCCAGACAUUGGUGGCCAUGUGGAGUAAUUUUAUGAUGUAUAGUGACCCUACACCCUUGAAAUCCACGCUAUUGCCUGUGGUAUGGCUGCCAGUCACUUUCCGAAUAAGAAACGAGAAGCCAGACAUCAGCUCCGCCUCGUGCCUUGUGUUUCAUCUCGGCCCGAUCACGAUGUCAAUGGGCAUGCCUUCCUCCAUACACACGUUGCCCAUCUGGGACCACAUCUACGAUAAGUUCUAUAAAUCGCACACACCAAAGCUUGAGCUGUCGGAGAGUGAUGUCUUGUUGUAUAAUGAAGAGAUUGCUUUCAUAUCCAAAAUGAUUAAACAACCACCUGGAGGAGACUAUAAUGCAAAGAGUGAGGAAAAUGAUGACAAUGUGAAUGUUGAAAUUGGUAGUGGUGUAAAUGAUGAUAGUGACAGUACAGAACAAGUAGAUGAGAGUGACAGUACAGAACAAGUAGAUGAGAGUGACAGUACAGAGCAAGUAGAUGAGAGUGACAUUAGAGAACAAGUAGAUGAGAGUGACAUUAGAGAACAAGUAGAUGAGAGUGACAUUAGAGAACAAGUAGAUGAGAGUGACCAUAGAGAACAAAUAGAUAAAAGUGACAGUAGUGAUUUAUAUGAAGAUUAUGAGACUAGACCUGAUGGUGGAGCUGGAAAUGAAUAGAUAGAAUAGGGGAAUAAUUAAAAAGGAAAUGUUAAAAACAAAGGGGAAUGCAAAAGGUACUCCUUACAGCACAUUUGGUAGAGAUUUAAAUAUGUACAUGACAAGUUACUGAUUUUAUUGUAACCAGUUUAUUUCUUUGAAAAUGUGCAUUCCUAUUUUUGUGGUAUAAUAAAUAAAUACCGCUUAGACUCAAAGAGCUAGUGUAUAAGUGUAUUAUCCGUCCAGUCCUACUUUAUGGCGCUGAGACGUGGCCGGUUCUUGGAAGGCACGUUCAGGAGCUUCGCGUUACAGAGAUGAAGAUGCUGCGAUGGAUUUGCGGCGUUACGCGCACUGACCGCAUUCAUAACGAGUACAUCCGUGGCAGCCUCGCAGUCCGUGACGUAGCAGAGAAGCUCCAAGAAUAUCGCCUCCGGUGGUUCGGCGACGUUUGUCGUAGGCCAGCUGACUACGUAGGAAACAUAUGCCUUAACCUAGCCCUUGAUGGCCCCCCACCCCAAGGCAGACCAAAAAAGCGAUGGCUCGAUGUCUCGUGAAAGCAGAUAUGAGCGUGAACGGGCUCACACGAGAUGACGCCCAGGAUCGCGCAAAGUGGAGGAAAGCAAGUAGAAAAGCGAACCCUGGCAAAGGGCGGGAUACCGCUAGGUAGAAGAAGAAGAAGAAGAAGAAGAAUAAAUACUUCUUGCCGUAGUGUGCAGUUUUUGAUGAAAAAUGAAUACCUUUUAAAUAAAAUUAUAGUUGUCAGUGUCCAAACCUCUUAAACACUCUGACAAUUUGUGCAGAGUGUUAAUGUUUUGUUUUUAGAUAA